AUGAUCAAUUAACAAGUUAUUGAAAAAGAUGAUGCAUUGAGAACAUUUUUUUCAGAAUCUGAUCAUUAAAAACUAGUUCCAAGAUCUUUAUUUGUGAAUUUAGAACCUACAUUAAUAGAUGAAGUGAAAACUGGUAAAUUCAAGGAUAUGUUAAGCCCAGAAUAAUUUGUUUCUGGGAAAGAUGGUGCCGCUAAUAAUUUUGGGAGAGGUCACUAUUCGAUUGGCAAAGAAUAUGUUGAUAUAUGUUUGGAGAGAAUCAGAAAGCUUGCUGAUAAUUGUUCUUCAGUUUAAGGAUUUAUGAUGUUCAAUUCAGUUGGUGGAGGGACAGGUUCAGGUUUAGGUACAUUAUUAUUAGAAAAAUUAUCAGUUGAUUAUUGUAAAAAAUCUAGAUUAAAUAUAAAUAUUUAUCCAUCCGCAGAAACUUCUGUUUCUAUGGUUGAACCCUAUAAUUCUAUUUUUGCAACUUAAUCUUAAUUAGAACAUACUGAUGUUUGUGUCACAAUGGAUAAUUAAGCUAUUUAUGAUAUUUGUAAGAAUAAACUUGAUAUUGAAACACCAAAAUAUUCUAAUUUGAAUAGGAUGAUAGCUUAAGUGAUUUCAUCUAUAACUUGUUCAAUGAGAUUUGAUGGAGGACUAUUCACUGACCUAACUGAAUUGUACACUUGUCUAGUUCCCUAUCCCCUGUUCAAAUUUAUGAUUUGCUCAUAUGCUCCUAUAAUAUCCCAUUGAAAUAUAGGCCAAGUGUAACUUUCAACUGUUGAAAUUUCAAAUCUUGCUUUUGAAACAGAAAACAUGAUGGCAAAAUGCGAUCCAAAACAGGGGAAAGUAAAAAUAGUUUAUAAGUGAACAUAGUCAUUUUCGAUCAUUAGUUUAGUUUUAUAAUUAAUAACAUUCUUAAAUUCUUAAAUUUUGCUUUUAAUAAUGCCAAUUAAUAAAAUUCUAAAAAAUGAAAUGAUUUGUAAAAUUGAAAGUGAAUUAAAUUUUAGCUGUACUUUUAAAUUUUAAGUUUUAACAAGAAUUUAGUUUUUUUAUAUCAAAUAUUUAAAAUAGUUCCCAUAAUGUAUGUUCAAACUUCUUCAUAUCAGAUACUUUUAAUGAUUUGAUAAGGAUCAGAACAUUAAGUUUCUAAAGCAAAAAAAAAUUUCGCCUAAAAAGUAUUUCCACUAAAAAUUGAAAAAUAACCAAUAUAAGGUCAAAUUGAAAGCAACAUUAAAAUCCUUAAAGAGUUAAAUAAGAUAGAAGGAAUUCUAAAUUUAAUAGAACAUGGAAAGGCUGCAUACUAUAAGUAUGAGUAAUUUAAUCAAUUUAGAGGAUUUCUUAUGAUGCCAUAACUAAAUUUUAUCUUACAUAUUUAGUUAAAGCUUAAAAUUUUUCUUCAUCUUGUACUCUGACUAUCGGGUUAAGUAUCAUUUAAACAUUAGAUUAAUUACAUUAUAAAAAUCUUACAUCUUGAUGUUAAACCAGAUAAUAUUAUGGUUACAAAAACAAUAGUAAAAUAUUUAAAAAAAUAAUCACUAAAGCCUGGAAUCAUCUAACUUAUUGAUUUUGGCUUUUCCAAAACUAUAGAUAAUAUAAAAUAUUUACAAAAUGUAUUAGUUGGUUCUUUAAAUUUUGCAAGCAGAGCAUCAUAUCAAGGAGAGAACUUAGGUUGA